AUCUCUUUAUUAUUAUAAAAGUAAAACUAUGUUUAUUUUGAUUCCAUAUCCCAAUGGGGUUGAAAUUAUAAUGAAAUUGCAGAAGAUUGGUGUAUCGCAAUGUUGACUUAAUAAAAAAUGGACUGAUUCACAAACUUAACGCUCAGUAUUUCAUUGAGAGAAAAAAAGAAAAGGAACAAUAAAUAGCUUUAUGAACGGAGCUUUUCACCAGAUCUUGAGUAGAAGGAGCUCAGUGAGAUUGGAAUGGUUAAUCCGAGCUCUCUCGCAUCCAAGCGAAAUGCGCGGCCGUUCCGGCUUCUGAACGUGGUCUCGGCAGCCUUCUUCGCCGCCGUCUUCGUUUUCUUCUUCUUCGUCUUUACCCGUCUCGGCGAUUCCUCCGGGCGAAAACCUAAUUCCCGCUCCUCCGUCGAUCCUCGGCAGCGCAGCCGCCUCGUGGAGGUCAUAGAGGCUGGGCGGCUGUCUUCCCCUCUCCCGGCCUGCCCUGCCGCUGAUGUCGACCACAUGCCAUGCGAAGACCCGAAAAUCAACAGCCAGCUCAGUAGAGAGAUGAAUUACUAUAGGGAGAGGCAUUGCCCUUUGCUGGAGCAAACGCCGCUCUGCUUGAUUCCACCCCCUCAAGGUUACCGCGUUCCCGUCCGGUGGCCGGAAAGUUUGCAUAAAAUAUGGCAUGAAAAUAUGCCUUACAACAAAAUAGCUGACAGGAAAGGGCACCAAGGAUGGAUGAAAAAAGAGGGUCCAUACUUUAUCUUUCCUGGUGGUGGCACUAUGUUCCCAGAUGGAGCUGUGCAGUACAUUAAUAAACUCAAGCGAUAUAUUCCUAUAGCUGGUGGUGUUUUGCGGACUGCUCUUGAUAUGGGAUGUGGGGUUGCCAGCUUUGGUGGUUACCUACUUACUGAAGACAUAUUGACCCUUUCUUUUGCUCCAAGAGAUUCACAUAAAGCACAAAUACAAUUUGCAUUGGAACGAGGAGUACCUGCAUUUGUUGUCAUGCUUGGGACUCAAAGACUCCCCUUUCCUGCCUUUGCAUUUGAUUUGGUGCAUUGUUCUAGAUGCUUGAUUCCUUUUACGGCAUAUAACGCGUCAUACUUCCUUGAAGUUGACCGAUUACUACGUCCAGGAGGCUACUUUGUCAUCUCUGGCCCUCCUGUGCAGUGGCCUAAAGAAGAUAAGCAGUGGGCACAGCUCCAAGGUGUUGCUAGAUCAAUGUGUUAUGAACAGGUUGUUGUGGAAGGAAACACUGCCAUCUGGAAAAAGCCCAAAGGGGAUGCAUGUUUUCCAAACCAAAAUGAUUUUGGGAUCAAAUUGUGUGAAUCUGAUGACCCAAGUGUUGCCUGGUAUUUCAAGCUGAAACCAUGUCUCAGCAGGACAUCUUCUGUGAAAGGACAAUAUGGUGUUGGCACAAUACCGAGAUGGCCUGAGAGGCUGGUUAAAGCUUCUUCAAGAGCCACUGUAUUAGAAAAUGGUGUGGAUGUUUUUGACGCUGACACUAGAAGAUGGGAAAUGACAGUAGCAUAUUAUAAGAAAUCACUAAACUUGAAAUUAGGAACUCCAUCCGUGCGGAAUGUGAUGGACAUGAAUGCAUUUUUGGGUGGCUUUGCUGCCGCAUUAGUGUAUGAUCCUAUUUGGGUUAUGAAUGUCGUUCCUGCUCUCUCUCGUCCCUUAACUCUUGAUGUCAUUUAUGAUAGAGGCCUUAUUGGAGUUUACCAUGAUUGGUGCGAGCCCUUCUCAACUUACCCUCGGACUUAUGAUCUAAUUCAUGUGGCUGCUAUUGAUUCCCUCAUAGCGGAUCACAAUUCUGGGAAGAAAAGGUGUAACCUAGUCGAUCUGAUGGUGGAAAUGGAUAGAAUGCUACGACCAGAAGGGACGGUCAUAAUCCGGGAUUCGCCCGAAGUGAUAAAUAGAACCGAACACAUUGCUCGCGCUAUAAGGUGGACAGUAAGGAUUCACGAGAAAGAGGGACCCGCGGAGUCUCCCGGGGUGGAGAAAAUCCUGGUAGCAACCAAGAAACUUUCCAGUUGAUGAUCAUCUGACUUAAUAAUUCACUAAUCCGGAGUUUAUUCUUUCUUUUUCUUGUACUUUGUGACAUUAACUGGUGCGUUUUUUUGAGAGAAUUAUAGUGCGGGAAUGUACAUGUAUUAUUUGUCACAGUUCAUGUUUGAACACGCACAAGAAUGUUGCUAUUGUUAUGAUUCUUAAAUCAUACUCCGGGGUAUUUAGUUUAGUGAAAUUUGCAAUAAAUAGGACUAAAACAU